GCAGCUGACCGGGAAACAGUUGAUCCGUGCGUGCUAAAUUUAUCCUCUGUUGACGUCCACGUCGGCUGGAAGAAGACGCAAAACAGACAGUCCAGUUUAUUAAUCUGCUUCUGCAGUCGCCUGUUGCGUAAAAGUGAAGUGUGCGGACUGUGCUUCUCCCGAAUCAGCGAGUUUACCGGGCUGUGACAUGGCUGAGCCCGCGGGAAAGAGGUUGAAGAGCAGCCUGCCGCUGUGCACAGCGCACCGGAGCUCCGCGACCAGCCGGGCCAGACACAACCUGCAGGCCGCUGUGGAGGAGGCGCUGUGCGGGGUGAGCAGCCUGCUGUGGGACGGCGCGUACAGGCUGCAGGCUCUGGCCAGUGUGUUUGAGCGGGACGAUGUCGCUCUCCCUCGUGUAGCUUCCUUCUUCCACCAAGAGGCGCUUAAGCAGGAGGAGGAGGCCGAGGCCAUGCUGGGCUACCUGGCUGAGAGAGGUGGCAACUACUGUGGCAAGGACAUCCAGAAGCCAGGCUGUGAGGGAGUUUGUGCAGUGUUACCGGCUCUGGAGCUGCUGCUGCUCCAGCUGAAGGAAGAAGUCGGCGUCCUGAUCGAGCUGAGCCAGCUGGCUCGGAACCAAGGAGACCCGCAUACUGCCAGUGUCAUGAAGAGCCACUUCCUCAGACCGCGGGUGGACCGUCUGAAACUGCUGGGAGAUCUGCUCACCAGUGCCCGCCGGGUGGGCUGCACCAACGACCAGACAGGGGGGUUUGGGGAGUACAUCCUCAAUGAGCUGCAGGAGGAGCUGACUAGAUGAUUGAUGUGCUUCAGUCAAAAGGUCCUUUCAGACACAAUGCGAUUUGCGGUGUGUUAUGUGCUGGAUUUGGUACACUCCAGUAGCGUACUGUGCUGUACACUGUUAAUAGCUUGACGAAACGAAAAAAUAAUUGUAGCAAGGUGCAAGCCAUUGAAAAUAAUAGGUUUCAGGGCACAUUGCUGUUAUCGCAAUGUGUCUUAAAGAUGUGUGUGCGGUGGCCGGGAACCCUCAAUGCUGCAAAUAAAAGAAACGCUGCAAACAAAAAGAAACAGCGCUACAAAUAAAAGACACGCUACAAACAAAAAGAAAC